AUGUCUUCCCAAUCUGAAUUGACUUGGGCUCAAAGAGCUUCACGUCAAAAGGUGGGUCGAUUUCUCCAACCCAACAAGCGACGAUUGGACAAUCCAACUGAUGUACCACUGGUGGGUAUUGUUCUCUAUGAAGAUGAUGACCUGAAGGGUCAAAUUUUGGCAAGCAAGGCUAUGGCGAUUAUUCAGCAAUCCCUUUCUUCUGGUUCUGUUCUGUUCACGUUUCAGAAAACUUUGUUUCCUGAUCGUGUUGCCGCUUACAAAGUGAUUCAAGAUCAAAUCUCACCUGACGUGGAAUUUCGACCUCUUAGUUUGUUUGCUCAGGUGGAGCAUGCACAAGUGGCUAUGCGUGAAGGGGUGACUGUACAAGGUGUAGUGUACAAAGCGUCUACCUCCAAGGAAAGUGCUGAAUUUGGGGAUGUCAAGCAUGUGCGGUUUACACUUAUGCGUAUGGUGGACAAGACCACUUUUUUGUCGGAUCUUAUGGAGUCCUUGUCGUACUUUGGUAAGGUACUGCAAGUGAAGAAGUUUACUCACCGUGGUUACUUUGAGGGUAAACUUUCGGUGAUUUUGGAUACUUCUGUUGGAUUUCAGGAGGUUCAGUCUGCAAAUUUCACCAAGAAGCACAAAGUUCACCAUCAUUCUGAGGAUUCUGAGGAUGUCACUCUGGCUCGUAAGAACACUGUGGAAUUGAUGGAAUAUAUUGAGAAGGAAAAAUUAGGCGUAGGUAAGGAGGUGGAGAAGGUAGAAGAAGAAGAACUCGAUUAUCGUGUAGUCGAGGAUGAAUCUCUUCAGGGUGAAAGUGUUGACGAAUCUGAAAAUGAUGAGUCCACUGGUAACGAGGAUUUGGAUCUUCUGAGUGAAGAUAACCACCAGGUAAGUAUGAAUGAUGAUGAGGACAUGGAGGACGACAAGAUUGUGCUUGCUGGAGCUCCCAAGAAGCUGGAUACCGUGCGUGGUUCUGCCUACUCCAAGUAUGCGUCUGCUGAGGUGGCUGUGAAUAUGAACAUUGACUCGCCUGAGGAGAUGUUGAAUUUGACCAAGUUGAAGGAUCUUGCUCAGCGCAAAAGAAUGGAGUUCAAUGCAAACCUGAAAGGUACUACUGGUGCUGGUGUAAAAGGUGAUAACAAGCUGGGUAACUCUGGUGGUGUUUCUUCUGGUACUGGUGCUAAGGGUAACAAGUCUGGUGUUGCUUCUGGUGUUGCUUCCGGUGGUGUUUCUGGUGGUGUUUCUGGUGUUGUCAAGAAUAGCAAGACUAAUGGCCGUGCGCUUCUCAAGACUAAGCAAGACGCCCCGUAG